AUGCCUAGCGACGGCAAGGUGUCGUCGUAUGUGGCAAACGUGCGUCGGCGCAUUUGGGAGAUGGCGGACCCUGCACAAUUUUUCCAACCGUCGAACCAACUCGGGGCGUUCGCGGACUUCGACGUGGUCCACGCGACGCUGCACCAGCUCGACGUCGUCAACAAAAUGUGCGCGAACAUGACGUCCUGGACCAACCCGGUCGUCCUGAAAGCGGCAAUCCAUCGAUAUGACGAGUUCAUCUCGUCCGCGUCAAAAAUGGCGCCGGGAAUCACCUUGGUGUCCCAACCACAGACAUCAACGUCGUCUGGCACACGCACCCGACCUUCCCCAUGGACUACGCGACCUUUUGCCCGCAAGUCGGCCCAUACACUCGUCGACCACGAUGACACGAUCGGCAACGGCGACUUGCGCGCGAGCUAUGCCGACACGUCGCAAGUGUUUGGCGAACCGUACUCGUCGUACCCGCCCAACUAA